AUUUUUUUGCUUGAUCUAUGUGAAAGUCUGGUAAAAUUUCAUGUUUAGGUACAGUUUUUAAAUUAGUCUAAAUGAAAUGGCCAAAAAGUUCUGCUACUCGGAGAAAAAGACCCUAGCGCGUAUUAAAAAAAAACAGAAUCACCGUGGAGUUCCGGAUUCCCAAUUUGAGAAUGGUCAGGAUGCUGAGGAGGAGGAUGGUGAUGGCGGUAAGGCAAUGGGUCCAGAAAUGGCACCGCAGAAGUUGGGCAUUCUGAAAAACCUUGCCAACGGUUAUUUGAAGUUGGUCCACGAAAUCGAGACCCACCUCUGCCUUCCCGCGCCUCGUAUGGUCGAAGCUAAACCAGAGCGUGAGGUGGGUGGGAAAACCGAUCAAAAUACCGAAAUCGAAGAGGAAAUAUCGCAAUCUUCAGAGGAUACCACUCAUCCAGGAAUAGGCUUUGUGAAUUUGUAUAGGCGCAAUACUCAUUUUGAGUGCUUGGGAAUUCCUCUAACUUCCUUGGAGCUGUUCUCUAUGGAACGCCAAAGAAAUGCUGACACUGAAGAGCCGGCUUCAUUGAAAUCUCUUGAUGAGCGGUUGAGUAAAGAGACCGAAUGGGUUCCUGAAAGAAAUAUAUCGAAUGAAGCUGAUUACGAUCCACUCGAAAAGGUAAACAUCAUAGAAAAUACUUCUAAAUCGACAUUGAUUCCAAGAAAACCUGAUAUAAACAAAUUCAUUCAAAAAAUCAAAGGUAAAACUGUCCUAGAUCAGGAAACAGACGCAAUGCUCAACGAGGAACAUGAAAAUCAAUGUUCAACGAUUGAGCCAUACCAGGAUUUGCCCAAAUUCCAGAGUCGAUCCACCGGUUCACAUUUAAAAAAUCCAAAGUCCAUGCAAUCCUAUAAAUGCGGUAUAUUUCCAGCUAAAUAUACUACGAAAAAAAUAAAAUCAUUAUGCCCAAAAAUUCGUGAAGUCGAUAACUGCAGUGAAACGACCAAACACAGAUGUCAUAUCGAUUUUAGGAACGUUGGUGGGCCGAAAUCGUCUAGAUUUAAGAAUAAGUCCAGAAAUACCAUGAUCAAUGAAUCGAUGUUGUUUCCAUCAUCAUCUAUCUGUCCUUGUAGACCAGAAGGUGAAUCGAAACGAUGUUAUCCCGAUAAAACCAUCGCAUUACAUGGAGGCUCAGGGCCCAAGGCAGCCAUACCCUCAGCGUUGAAGACUCAUUUAUGUAGUAGUGACAGUGAGAUGUUUGGGGGUUCACACGACCCUAAUCCAGUGGAGAGCUCUUCUAUGAAAGUAUCCGGUAAUUCUACGCCAGAUAAAUUGUGUUUGAAGAAGUCUAUCAGUCCGAUUGUUAAAUCCGAUUUCGAGCCACUAGAGCCUUUGCGUUCCGACGAUAGCUUUACGGAGGCGUGGAUGAAUUCGAAUUUUAAGAGGGUACAAAACCAACAAGACCUACGGAUCGGCGGGCUUUAUCGUCGGGGCGAAAAACUAAAGUUCCAGCCCAUUGAUCGCCUAGACGCGGGCUGGGUUGGUCUACCGCUGUUCAAGGACUCGGAGGAGUCCCUGGAAAGGACACAGUACUUUGUGACCGAGUUCGAUAAGCUGAGUCACGCUGAUAAGGUGCAGGACAUAGAGUUGCGAAUGAGCCAGUUGCGGUGGCUGCACGCCACGUCGGAUCAUGAAUAUCGCCAGCACUUCCGGAAACAGAGAAUUCCCUUUAAGAAGGUCUUGACUAAUUCGGUGCAGUAUGCGUGUCCUUUAAACAACGACGAAUGUCCGGCUGUGAUGAACGACACUCUAUUGGCACACUUUGUAUCCCGGCAUUUGGAUGAGCCGGGAAAGGAGUUGCGUGAGAUUUUCGAGGGCGAACAGAUGCUAAUGAUCUUCAGUCCCAGGGCCUUCCAGCUGGCCAAGACAGAGUGCAUUUCCGUGCUGGGCUACGGGGGCGUUCGGAAUAAGCCCUGCACCCUGCCCGCCGUCAGAUUUAUGCUCACACCGAACUCAGGCUUACCAGAAGCCUACGACCAUUUCGACGGACAUUUGCCACUGCUCGUGAUGAUUUGCAGGAACCCGAUGGGCACUGUGGAGGGAAGGAAGGAGCGGUUCGAGGGUCUAGAAGACGAGGACACCCUAGCUCUGUGGAUGGUCAGCAGGGAUCUGCCAUGCCCCAUCCACGUGGCGAUGACUGUACUCAGCCGACGACUAGAUAUCACUAGGAGCUCCAUCAUGAAGGUCCGCGGUCUCCACAAAUCGCAGGAUCCUCUCGACUUCAUGUUAUCCAACAAAAACUAUAUGCGCCUUAGCAAUCACGACUUGCGCGUCCUCACCAACGAUCAUAGGGAGCCAAUAUAUCUGGAGAUUGUUGUGAAGGAAUACGUCGAUAUACCUUAACGCGUCUUUUCAGCUCAUUUCCAAGGCGUCGACUAAAUCUAUCACAUAACCCUUAGUGGUUGGGCCCAGUUUUCUAGACAUUUCAAUACUGGAGGUCUAACAUAGUUUAGAAUUUACUUUAAUCUAUUUUCGGCCAAAAUUAUAAAAUAUUUAAUCUGUU